GUUAUCUUUCGUGCCAAAAGCAAAGGAGAAAGCAAGCAAAGCAAGAAGCAGAAGCAGCUGCUCUCUGCUGUGCUCGGUCGUCGAGCAUUUGGAGCAAGUGAGUGAAUUCUUGCUUGCUUGAUCGAUCGCUUUCUUGGUGAUGGACAAGCACACUUGCAAGCUCUGCUUCCGGCGAUUCCACAAUGGCCGUGCUCUCGGCGGCCACAUGCGCUCCCAUGUCAUGGCCGCCGCCGCGGCCGCCUACUCUCCACCGUCGCCGGCGGUGGAGCUGUCGCCGGCUCUGUCCCUGGCGUCCACGUCGUCGACCGAGAUCGAGAUGGAUGAGAAGAAGAAGCCGGAGCAGCACAAGGCGCCGUCAUACGUGUUGCGCGAGAACCCCAGGAAGAGCUACAAGGUGGGCGCCGCCGGCGAAUUCUCCGGUGGUGGCGCGGCAGCGGGCGGCGGCGAGUCAUCCGUCGUGCAGGACGGCGAGAGCGACACGGAGUCGUCCCCGCGCGGCGGGGCCGGUUUCGCCGUGAGCCGCAGGCGGUCGAAGCGGGCGAGGCGGCGGUGCGCGCCACCGUCGGCGCCGGAUCCCGAGCCGGCGAGCAGCGUCUCCGACGCGACGCCGGAGGAGGACGUGGCCAUGUCGCUCGUGAUGCUGUCUCGGGACUCGUGGACGCGUUCCAGAUCCGAGCAGGAGACCCGCUGCGCCCGGGUGGCGAGCUCGGAAGACGAGCAGAACAACGACAACGCCAACGUGUUCGACGAGGACGAGGACACCCGCGACGUGGCCGGCGAGGAUUACGAGGACGAGUACGGCUACGGCGGCGAGGCGACCGCCGCGCGCCACCGCAGCAGGUACCAGUGCGGCGCAUGCAGGAAGGUGUUCCGGUCGUACCAGGCGCUCGGCGGCCACCGCGCGAGCCUCAAGAAAGGCAAGGGCGGCUGCGUGCCACCGCCACGUCCGGCGCCGGCCAAGGCCGCCGACGCGCCGGUCAUCCACGAGUGCCCGUUCUGCUUCCGCGUGUUCGACUCCGGGCAAGCGCUAGGAGGCCACAAGCGCUCUCACAUGUCGUCCGCCGGCGGCGCGCCGGCGCCAUCGCCAUCGCCAUCUCCAGCAAAAUGCGGUGAGAGCACGGGGUCCAUCGAUCUCAACAUGCCGGCAGCAAUGGAGGACGACUUCGAGCUCUCCGCCGUGUACGACGCCGAGUUCGCCAGCACAAGACAGUGACACCACCACCACCACCAGCUGAUCCAAUGGCUGCCAACUCCAGAUCGAUCAGCACAAGUAGUUAGACAAGCUCAAGAAUCAGCAAUCCAUUCCAAACUGCUGCAUGCAAGGUAAGGAAGCUCUGCAUCCAUGCAAGAACCAGAUCAUGGAGAAUUCGUUUCAGUUUCAGCAAAAGAAUUGCUUCUCUCUUGCCUAAUCUUCAGUUACUGUUACUGCUACUAUUGCUAGAACUGAAAAUUCAGUUGAAGAGCAGAAAAUUCUUUUCUUUGUUGCCCUCUGUAUCUAAAUCAAACUGAUAUUCUACUCCAUUUAUCUCAUUAAACCCUGCA